UUGAACAUUUCAGCACUCGAUCCGCGAACUUGUGCCGAAGCUCACACAUUUCACGCUAUAUCGUCAGGGCCCACACACCUGGAUGUUGACGGUAGCCGCUCCCUGUACGGCAGUGUGGCAGUUUGCAGCAACGGCACGACAAUAAUACCCCACGAUAUGCCCAACGAGACGGUCAUUCGAUCAUCGGACGACCCUACCGAUGCCAUGUUCAUCAUUUCAUACCGCGAUUUCACCAGUGAAAAACUUGCAAAGCUUAUACAAAGCUCAGGGUCAUGCCGGCAGCAAGUGUACUAUGUCUGCAGUCAUGCUGCGCUCGGGUAA